CCGCAGUCUGUCAGAGAGUCCCACGGACUCCGGUCGCACUUUUGCUCCGAGCGCGAGCGCGAGGCUGACGUACGCGCGUUUUUUAAUCGAACUGUUCCGUUUACCAUGUCGAGCGCGACCGAGGCGGCUUAAAAAAGAAGCGGAAAAGCAUCGCCUUUCGAGUAAAUCAACGGAGGAUUUAGGGGAGUUCAUAUUUUACGCCAAAUAUCCGCUAAAAACCUUCAAGAGGAUGUUUCGAGUUUGGGAUGUCGCCCUAUUGAUAUGCUUCUCUGCCUCGGUCUUGUUCGUCGGAGCUGAAGGCGUAUCAGAGCUCCCUCCACCGAGGAACCUGACAGUUAAAUGGGAAACACCUUUCACUCUUCUUUUGACAUGGGAAAAGCCGAAGGAUCUUGACCCUGAUUGUAAAGUGAACUACACGGUGUACGUGAGAAGUUCUCUGCAGGACUGUUCAUCAAUAGACCUAAAAAAUGCCAAGAGAGUCCAAGACACAACCAUCAGAUGGGAUAUCUCCAAUGUGAAUGGAGUGUGUGUCAUUGUUGCAGUGAACCCUGACAACUGUAAAAACAAAAAACAGAGUCCAUAUUUAACCACGAUCAUCCCUCCACCUACAGCGGUGCUGGUGGAAAACGUGGUCUGUGAGUAUUCCCAUAACAAGCUAAAGUGCAUUUGGAGUCCUGUUGUUGUAGUCAAAGACCUUGGUUUUUACUACUGGUCACGUGAGAAUAAUACAUUAAUAAAGUGCAAUGAUAUGAAGUUUAGAGAAUGUGUCAUACACGAUGCAGAACCCAAGGACACAAUGCUGAACAUGUUCUACCUGUUCAAUGGCACUUAUGAGGGUAAACCUGUAAACAACACUUUAAUGGGGGACCGGCUAGAACAGUACGUGAAACUAAACAAACCUCAACUCACGAUCAAGAGAGACGGGCAGAAUCUCAUUCUUCAGACAACCAGAUUGUCAGAUGUGGAAACGAUGAUUAAAAACGUUGAAUGCUACGAAUACAACUACACGUACAGCGUAUGCGAUAAGGCCGCCCCAGCAGCAGUCAUAAAAUCAAGCUCGCAUGAACUGAACUAUGACUCAAACUGCAUGUACAAAGCCAGAGUCCAGAUCAUCAUCUCACAAUAUUGUUUACGAGGGAAGAGUGACUUGAGUGACGAGGUGGUAUACGGAGAGAACAGAGAUCCAAAUUUGCCUGCACUGCUUGCUGUCAUUAUUAUCCCGCUCAUAGUUUCCUGUUGCCUGACAGUGUCUCUUGUGCUGCUCAGAAGACAUAAAGACAUCAUAUUCCCAAAAAUCCCAGAGCCAACUCUCAUCCUCAAGGACAUGCUCAUCAACAACAUCAAAAUGCCAGAUAAUCUACGGAGCCCUUCAGAUGGCAGACUGUAUGUCGCUAUUGAAGAAGUCGUAGAAAGCAAGAUAAGUGUUGAACCUUAUUGAUACCACAAAUGCGACGCACAAGCAGGUAUAAAAAUGUCUGAUGACUGACAAUCUCCAGGACAUCAGCAAGGUCUCAGGGUGAACUUAAAACUUACACUGAUGGGAAAAUGACUAUGCAAGGAGGAGGAUUAAACUCCUGUUGUCUGUUUCAUCUGCUAAUGAAUAAUGUACUCCACCUACAUGUUUUGGAUGGACUUCGGCCUCACUUAUUACAGUUGCCAGUAAAUUGCUCUUCUUGGCAUUGAAUGUUUUGUGAAGAUAAGAAAAGUAAUCAACAGACUUUCCCGGGGCAAGUUGGUUGGCUCUGAUUAUCCGGUAUGCGAAGCUCUCUCCGUACCCACUCGAUGGAUCCAGAGGCAGGCGGAUGUCAUAAGCAGCUUCGUGCACCUAUAUAGAGAAACACUGCAAAAAGGGUCGUGGAAGGUGGAAAUCGUGACCCUUGAUCUCUUUCACACCAUUACUGAACUUUCCUAUGCUUGUUUAUACAUGCAUAUAUGGAGUCGUGGGUGUUCUUGCACACAGUUUACAAACUAAAUGUACUGCUACUAAAAUUAUUUUGUAACAAAAAGAAAGAAAAAGAAAAAAAAAAACAAGGUUUUCUAUACACUGUGAAUUGUUACAUGUAUUAAAGUGUGGUUUACUGUAUAGCAGAAAGAAAAUUUUUCUUGACUUUAUGUUUAUUAUGUGCACAUUUUUGAGCAGACAACGUAAUGUAUAUGGAAUAUCACAUAAAAAAUAUUUGGACAGCAUAAAUUGUAUAUAAAAUGAAGUAUAUACCUUAAAAGUUAAAAUUGUGUUUAUUUUCAUGCUUUCUGUUUCGUGUCAAGUUUGAGAAAAUAUGGAAUUUGUACAAUUAAAUUGUUUGCAAAACUAGG